AUGACUAUGGCCAUCGACAAUCAACAACGCUUCGGCGGCAUGAACUUUGACCACAUGUCUUACCCAAAUCCUCCUCAGUUUACCAACCCGUGGACGGCGACUUCGUCGCCUUCCCAGAACCACAGCCUCUAUGCCUCCUCGCAUGGCAAUCUUCACCCGAGCUUGGGUCUCGACAUUAAGCACGAGCAACAGCAACAAGCUCCCCGUAUGAAUAGCACCGCGUCUAUGGGAUCAUAUGCCAGCGUACCUAUCAGCGCGGCAUCAGCAGAUUUGUUGAGUCCUUCUCGUUCUGUGUCAACUGGAUACGGUGAGAGUCACCACGCAUACUCAAGUGCUCCAUCUCCAGCCCACAACGCCUAUGCGCCGCCCCCAACCCCCUACGAGACCAUGGGUUAUGCCCCAGCACCGGUGCGAUCGACAUACGCCAUUCAACAAGACAACUCAAGACGUCUAUCACAACCAGGACUCCAAAACGAAUCAACGCGAAGCUUCGGCGACGCCAUUGAUGCCAGCAGAGGCAUGAUUGCCAUGAGCCAAAACACGCAAACACCACGCAAUAUAUACGAAGCACAAGGAGGACGUGUAAGAGGAUCAGGUGAUGCCUACGGCUUCCCCACUACACAUUCUAGCAACUCCUCGAUUUCUUCGUCGAGCAAUUACCAGGCAUAUUUUGGCGGAUCUGUCGACUCGUCAGUCAGUGAUUACUCAAAUGCUGGUUCCGACAUUGAGUCUGUCUCAUCGAGAACAUUGCCGCGCCCAUCCGGCCUGAUCAACGGAGGAAUGCCGCCUGCGCCAGCAUCAAUGAUGGGACAAUUCAGUUCAAAGGUAUCGUCGAGUACACAGAAGAAGCACAAGUGCAAGGUCUGCGACAAACGAUUCACACGUCCAAGUUCUCUGCAAACACAUAUGUAUAGCCAUACUGGUGAGAAGCCAUUUUGCUGCGAAGUUGAAGGUUGCGGACGCCACUUCUCUGUUGUAUCGAACUUGCGCAGACAUCGCAAGGUUCACAAGGGCGAGGCUCGAUCAGACGCGGGAUCAGAAGACCAUCACUCCGACGAUUAA